UGAACAUUUGUUGUUUAAAUAAAAAAUGAAUUUAAAAGUAAAUUUAUUUUGGUGUUGCAUUUGCACCAUUUUUCAACAAAUUUAUUCAAAUUCUAUGCCGAAUAUCGGUGCGGAUUGUAUAUCGAUAUUUCAAAUAGUCAAAGGGGUACAGAUUCUCUGUGACAAUAAAAAUAAUGCGACUUUAUGGCAACAUUCUAUUGAUUGCCAUGCUGAGAUCAGCGAGGAGUUUCUACGUGGAAGUGGCGAAGCUCAAUGUCCAACACCGAAAGAGGUAAAGAAUCCAACUGAUAGGAACUACAGCAUUCAAGAAGUCUUCUUUAAUAUUUGUGGUUUAGUUCAAGGAGACGUUUUGGAUAUAACGGAGGGAGUGACGUGUUUGCUUUUCGGAAGAAAGGAUGUUCAGAGUCAUCGACAGAAAGUAGACACAGUGAAGAAAAGAUUUGGAGAUAAAGUACCUUGUCGGAUUGGGGAAUGCAUUCUGGGAAUGGGAUUAAAUCUAUAAUAUCGUUGAUGGGAAUUAACGGAUCAAAAAUAGCAACGCCGGAUUGUAAUUGUG